CCCCCCCCCCCCCCCGCACCUAGGCCACCAUGUUGGAGUUGGGAAAAGGCAUAUUCUUAUUGAAGCAAAUAACGGCUUGGAUGGGGGAGGUGGAUGACAAAAACUACCCAGUUUUCCCCCAAGAACAGGGGUGCUCCUGCUUCACGUGCUGGAGAGGGGUGGGGAGCACCCAGAGGUGCUGUAAUGCCCCCAAUAUGGAGGAUAUGGGUGUUAAAAAUACCUCCCGGGCCCGAUUUCUCCUUAAAUUAAGGAUGCCGGGGGUCGAUCCCGGUGCCUCUCGGCAGUGUUUUGGGGUAGCUCGGGCUGAGCUUGGAUUCUAUGAUGGCUGGUACAGGGUUGAGCUAGCAUAUCUCUUGUGAAAGGAGAACAGAAAGGGAUUAUUUCUUGGUCUUUUUCCUUUUGUUUUCAGGAUGAGGUAGGCCGGGUGGGGGAUCGCUGAUUGCAUUUCCUCAGGAAAUGGAGUGAGAGCUGGGAUUCCAGGAAUUUGGUGUUGCGGAGCCAUGGGGGCUUCAUGGAUUCCCCCACCGCGUGAGCGGUGAUUUGUGCUCGGAGCUGCUAAUUUCAGCCAUGUGCGAAGUACUAAAAUAGGUGGAAAAAAGUGAAAGGGGUUGUGAAAAAAUAGGAUCUAAACAGAGAUUUUUCCUCAUGAUAAAAUCUUGCAGUUGAGGCUCUUUCGCCUCACGGUUCUCAGGCUCCAGGCGGGCACCCAGGGGAGAUUUUUGGGGCUGCAAACGGAGAUUUCGGUACAACCAAGGAGGGAAACCACUUCUUCGUUUUAACCCUUUCUUUCCCCCAGGUGGGUUUUGUGGUUAAUUAAACUGAGGCUGAGAUUUGGGAUCCGGGGAAGGGAUGGGGUCCAGGGAGAGGAUGAGACUUGUUUUUAAGUGUGCAAAGUAGGGUUUGGGAAGGCUGCUGUUUGAAACAGGGCUGAAAACCGGUGCCGUCAUUCUGCCAGAGGAAACUGAGGCACGGCUGUGCGGGACUUGGAUUGAUGACAGUGGGAUGAGGACAUCCAGAUGGGUGUAAACCCCCUCGCUGUGCUGAUUAUAAGAGGCCGGGCACAGGCACAAGAUAAUGCCCGGGGAACACGGCGCCGUCCACAGCUGAAAUUCCUGGUGCUGUCGCCUUUGGGUGCUCGCAGGGACAUCUCCGGGUGUUUCACGAUGUCGACCUACAAGCGGGCGACACUGGAUGAUGAAGACCCCCUGGACUCCUUUGGUGAUGGUGAUGGAUACCCUAAUGGCUUUCAGGUGAACCUCCGCAGCUCACGGGGCAGCCGGGGGUGCUGGGCCGAGCGGACACGUGCCGAAAAGCAGCUGGUGGUGCUGGUGGGGGUGUUGGCGGUGCUGCUCGUGGCCUGUCUGCUGGGACUCAUCUUCCAGUACAGAGCCAGGCCACCUGCCGUGUGCCUGUCAGAAGCCUGCAUCUCCAUCACCAGCUCCAUCCUCAGCUCGCUGGACCGUGCGGUGAAUCCCUGUGAAGACUUCUUCAGCUAUGCCUGCGGGGGCUGGAUCAAGGCCAACCCCCUCCCCGAUGGUCACUCGCGCUGGGGCACCUUCAACAACCUCUGGGAGCACAACCAGGCCAUCAUGAAACACUUGCUGGAAAACACCACAGCCAAUGUGUCAAGCGAGGCAGAGCGCAAGGCACAACGCUAUUACCAAGCCUGCAUGAAUGAGAGCAAGAUCGAGGAGCUGAGAGCCACCCCGCUCAUAGAACUCAUCCAAAAGCUGGGUGGUUGGAACAUCACAGGUACCUGUGCCGGUGACAACUUCAACGAGACACUGCGGGAGGUGACAGCGCAUUAUCGCACCUCGCCCUUCUUUUCCGUCUACGUCAGCGCCGACUCCAAGAACUCCAACAGCAACGUCAUCCAGGUGGAUCAGUCGGGGCUGGGCCUGCCAUCGCGGGAUUACUACCUGAACAAGACUGAGAAUGAGAAGGUGCUCGCUGGGUACCUGAACUACAUGGUGCAGCUGGGGAUGUUCCUGGGAGGCAUCGAUGAGGAGUCAACACGGCAGCAGAUGCAGCAGAUCUUGGACUUUGAGACGGCCUUGGCCAACAUCACCAUCCCGCAGGAGAAGCACCGGGAUGAGGAGGUCAUCUACCAUAAAAUGACAGCAGGAGACCUAAAGGAGCUGGCACCGGCUGUGGACUGGAUGCCCUUCCUCUCCACGGUCUUCUACCCUGUGGAGCUCAACGAGUCAGAGCCUGUUGUGGUCUAUGCCAAGGAGUACCUGGAGCAGGUCUCUAACCUCAUCCUGGCCACAGAUAAGUGUCUCCUCAACAACUACAUGAUCUGGAACCUGGUGCGGAAAACUAGCCCACUCCUUGACCAGCGCUUCCGGGAUGCUGAAGAAAAAUUCAUGGAAGUGAUGUACGGGACAAAAAAGAGCUGCCUCCCGCGCUGGAAGUUUUGCAUCAGUGACACGGACAACAACCUGGGCUUCGCCCUGGGGGCCAUGUUUGUCAAGGCCACCUUUGCUGAGGACAGCAAGCAGGUGGCAGAGGAAAUGAUUGCGGAGAUUAAAACUGCCUUCGAGGAAAGUCUGGAGACUCUGCAGUGGAUGGAUGAAGAGACUAGGAAAUCAGCCAAAGAGAAGGCAGAGGCCAUUUACAACAUGAUCGGCUAUCCCAAAUUCAUCAUGGACCCCAAGGAGCUGGAUAAAGUCUUUAAUGAUUAUGAGGCCGUGUCCGACCUCUAUUUCGAGAAUGUCAUGCAGUUUUACAACUUCUCAGCCAGGGUCACAGCUGACCAGCUCCGGAAACCGCCAAACCGGGACCAGUGGAGCAUGACACCUCCAACGGUCAAUGCGUAUUACUCUCCCACCAAGAAUGAGAUUGUCUUCCCUGCCGGCAUCCUCCAGGCCCCCUUUUACACCCAUGCAUCCCCCAAGUCCCUGAAUUUUGGUGGGAUUGGCGUGGUGGUGGGCCAUGAGUUGACACAUGCCUUCGAUGACCAAGGCCGGGAAUAUGACAAAGAUGGCAACCUACGUCCCUGGUGGAAGAACUCCUCGGUGGAGGCCUUCAAGCAUCAGACAGCAUGCAUGGUGGAGCAGUACAGCAACUACACUGUCAAUGGUGAGGCAGUCAAUGGCAAGCACACCCUUGGGGAGAACAUCGCUGACAACGGGGGCCUCAAGGCUGCCUAUCGGGCAUAUCAAAACUGGCUGAAAAAGAAUGGGGAUGAAGAAAUACUCCCGACUCUUGGCCUCACCAACUACCAGCUCUUCUUUGUUGGUUUUGCACAGGUGUGGUGCUCAGUUCGCACACCAGAGAGCUCGCACGAGGGGCUCAUCACCGAUCCCCACAGCCCCUCGCGUUUCCGUGUCAUCGGCACCGUCUCCAACUCCCCGGAGUUUGCGGAGCAUUUCAGCUGCCCCCCGGGCUCCCCCAUGAACCCCCUCAAGAAGUGUGAAGUCUGGUGAUGGGCAAGUGCCCAAGGGAACCAGCAGCUGGUUGCUUUGUCCUUUGCCAACAGCUGGGCUUCCCCAGUCCUUUGAGGCUCAAACCACUUCUCCAUGCCAUGGAGAGCCUGACUCCUCAGCUGGAGCAGUGUCCACACCCCUGGCAUUGUCCAAGGUUCAAUCCACUGUGAAAACUCCUCAUCCCCCUGCUUGUUGGUGAAAUGACUUUCCCAACCAUCACCGGGCCAAGUGUUGCAGCAUCCGCAUGUGUGGGUACUGCGUGUAUUUACACACACAGUACUCCAGCCUGACCCACUGCCCAGAAAACCCUUCUGUUUUGGAGGUGAUAAAGGGAACCCCUAACAGCAGCAGGUUUGUCUGCGUGUCUAAAUACACCUGAUGUACCACCUUCUCUCCAAAGAUGCGCACACAAGGGUGGAAAAUAUUUUAAGAUAUAUUUUUUCGAGGGGGAAGAAAUACAUAUAUUUUUUUCAUGUGUUGUGGAAUACACUGGAAAUUUUCAGGGAAAAUGCAUUUAAAAGCCUUUUUUUAGUAAAAGAUUAGUAUAUUUAUUAAUUUUUUUUACUUAGUGCAGCUGUAGGUGCAGUACCCUGUGGUGACAGUCCCUUGGCCAGGGAAGCUGGGUAGGGCUGUGGAUAUCUUUCCACUCUUGGCUCCUGUGUUUCUCUGAGAGGGGCAUCCUCACAGGAUGCUGAUGGGAAAAUUAGGGACAGCAGGCUUGGGGACAGGGCUGAAGGAUGCUGCAAGUCACAGAGGCUGUGCUGGGAUGCUGCAGCUCCUGGGAUUAGCUUUAAUUGCAGAGUGUAAAGGGAAGAAUUGACAUAACCAAAGAUGUUACCAAGGUGGUGAUAGGGUGGAUGAAGCAUCCUGUUCUUCCUCCUGUCCCCUCUGAAGCCAGCCCAGCCAGGAUUUCCUGGCCCUAAAGCUUCCCAGACAAGUGCAGGGCAGUUCCUGCCACUGCUUCUCUCAUGCCAAGCCUGCUCUCUGCCUGGGAAAUCGCAAGCUUCAAAAGCACCACGUGGCCCCAGAACUCUGGCCCUUCACAGCUGGUUUGGCACCACUGUGAGAAGUGAUCAGGAUAGGGCUGAGGGACUUUUUAAAGGGAUGUUUUUAAUACUUGUUUGGAGGGGAAAGCACUGACAAGAGCUCAGUGUCUUCUUGCUCUAGACAAACCAGAGACACAGAGCGAUUUUUAAUAUUUAUACAUAAAAGGGAGGGAUGGAAGGGGCUGGUUUUUUGUAACUAUUUUUUCACCCUACGCAGGGGGCUUAUUGUAAUUGAAAUAAUAAAUACUUUUUACUGGA